GAAGAUUAGUACCGCCAGUGGCAUCUCAGUAAUUACGGGCCAAAUGCAGGGGCGUUUACAGUUCUUCGCUUGUUUAAGCUUUUCGUUCGGGAAAAAGGACGGGGAGCAGGUUAGUGGCGGGCGGACGGCCGGUCCCCGUCGGUCUCUCCGCAGCUUAAUUUGCUCGGAGAAGAAAAUUUAAACGAUAUAUAAAUCGAGAAAUUAAUUAAUUAAACAGCAAAAAAAAGUCAUACUUUUCUUUUUCCAUUUAUAGCCCUUUUUCUCCGUUAAUUAACUGUUCCGUAAUGGACGGGGCAAAUUUUAAUUCCGACCCCUAAUCGCAUAUUUCGGUUUUCGUAGCCCGUCCGAUUAAAAUAUUUCCAUGUAAAUUAAAUAUCACUUAAUUUCUCAUUUCUUUAUUACUUUCUUUUCUCUCUCUCUCUCUCUUUUUUUAUUUUCUUUUUCUUUAAUUAAUAAUAUAAUUUUCUAGAAAUCUUUCUCUCCUUUAAAUUUUUUUUUUCCUUCUUCGUCCUCCCCGUCUCCGGAGACCGCCGAGCGAGGAAAUCGCGGGAGCGGUUUUACGACGAAGCGAGCCGGUUUUCUGACCCGGUAGGCGGUAGCGGAGGACCGCACCCGGUUCGGUUCGGUUCGGGCAAGCUUUUUUUUUUUUUUUUUUUUUUUUUGGAGUCUGUCCCGGGAAUUUUGGUGGGCGAGAAUGGAGGUACUCUACUGUUGCUUCUCCGUGGUUCCAAUGGCGAGAGCUGGAGGAAACUCUAGUAGUAGGAGCUCGAAUUUAGGACGGUGGGAUUUGCUGGUUGUGUCGCUGAAAGCUGAUCCUAAGCGUCCGUCCUUUGGGUGCUGCAGUGCGUCUGCUGUUCUAUGAAUGGAAGGAAGGGAAGAGGGACGGCUGCCGCGGCGGCGGUGACUGCGGCGGAGGAGGCCGCCGGGCGCUCCCAGCCGCCGGCCUCUGCGGCGGCGGGGCCCGAAGGCCGACAACCCUACCCAGGGCGCGCCCGGGACGCCGCCGCCGGCAGCUCCUCCGGAGGGGACGGCGCCGCCGUCUACGACAGCUGCGGCGGCGUCUUCGGUCCCGCCGGGGAUGAAGAAGAAGCGGGGAAGGCCGAGGAAGUACGGGCCGGACGGGAGCUUGGUCCGGCCGCUGAACCCGAUGCCGAUCUCGGCUUCUGUGCCCGGAGAGUACACGCCGGCGGCGGCGGUUGGGGCGGCGAUGAAGCGGGGUAGAGGGCGGCCAGGGGUCCUCGUGAGCAAGCAGCAGUACGGAUUCGGGUUAGAUAAUUUAGGAGAAAUGGUUGCAUGCUCUGCCGGUGCAAACUUCACUCCCCAUAUUAUCACUGUUGCUGCUGGUGAGGAUGUCACAAUGAAGAUAAUAUCAUUCUCUCAACAAGGACUUCGAGCUAUUUGUAUUCUCUCUGCUAAUGGUGUAAUAUCAAAUGUGAUACUUCGUCAAUCUGAUUCCUCUGGUGGUACAUUAACUUACGAGGGCCGCUUCGAGCUGCUUUCCUUAUCUGGAUCGUUCAUGCCAACUGAAAAUGGUGGAACGAGAAGUCGAUCUGGCGGGAUGAGUGUUUCUUUGGCCGGCCCAGACGGCCGUGUCAUAGGGGGAGGAGUUGCUGGUCUUCUCGUUGCUGCCAGUCCUGUUCAGGUUGUGGUGGGAAGUUUCUUGCCGAGCUACCAGUUGGAGCAGAAGAUGAAGAAGCCAAGAACGGAGACUGCAGCAACCCCGACAACUGCAGCGACUAUUCCUAUUUCUGGUGCAGAGAUGAACAAUUGUGGUGGUUCUCCUCCACCGAAACUGAAUGCCGCAACUCCAUCCUAUCGGGCAGAAACUUGGGUUUCGCCUCUAAUGCAGUCGGUGCCUAAUACGAGGAACUCCACGAUGGAUGUCAACAUUUCUGUCCCGGGAGGGUGAAUUUGAUCCCAGAUUAGUGUCUGUUCGUAACCCUUGUGAGGUAUAUCCAACUUACCGGAAGUAAGGAAGAAAAAAAAAAAAAAAAACUUUCACAGCACAGCUGCCUCAAUCUACUAGGAAUUUUUUUCCCACUUUCUCAGCAUCGCUAACUCGUACAACUUGUUCUCAUGCAUAUCAGACAACGAACUUGAAUUGGUUUUCUUGAAGCCCUUCAAGUUCUGUGACUGUAGCGAGUUGUCUUGUUCUUUUAUGUUUUCUACACAAUUCUUAUUGAAUGCUGUUCAAAUUCUGUCAUUAGUAGCAGUGUUUCUUAUUGAAUAGAUGCUAGAUAUCUUAUGCUUGUAACGAUAAUGCUGUAUUUCUAUUAACAGUGAGCCUUUCUAUGGCAUAUUGAAUGGUGUGAGGCAACAGAGAGGCCAUUGCUCUCUACUGCCGGGGAAUCUCCCUCGCUCUCGACUUAUAAAUUUGCCUUUCAAGUGCCCGGGUUGCUGUGGCUUUUUCUU